CGGAUGUGGAGCCGCAACAUGGUAAAGCACACGAGCGGUGCUUUGCUGGUAUUUGGCUUGUGCUUGCAGCUAACACAUGCCGCCAACAUUUUAGCCGUAUUCUCGUACAGUUUUCCCUCACCCUUCCUGCUCGUGGCGCCAUACAUGAAAGCGCUUGUCCAGAAAGGCCACCAGGUAACCAUCAUUUCAGCUAAAAAUCACUUGGCGAACAUCGAUGGGGCUCGUCAUAUUCGAGUGGAAAUGCUGGAUCAGCUAAUGGAGGAUUUAUUGAACUAUGAUUUUGGAAAGGAAUUUCCUUUGAGCAAAUGGCAGGAGGCUAUGAUUAUGGCAGAGUUUUUCUACAACUCCUCAAGAUACAUUCUGACUGAUGCCGGCGUCCAGUCACUGAUUCAGGAUAAGAGUGCUCACUUCGACAUGGUCAUAGUGCAAGCAUCCCUUACAGAUGCACUCUAUGGCUUUGCCCCGUUCUAUAAUACCUCCCUGGUGGGACUUUCUGUCUAUGGGACCGCUUGGAAUAUCGACUAUCUGGCGGGAAAUAAGGCGCCGAGCGUGUACGAGCCCAUGUCGCCGGACGGGUACUCCAAUGGCCUCGGAUUGUUGCAGAAACUGAAGAAUUGGAUAUACAUCACAGAGGAGUGGCUUCUGGAGCAACUGGUGUACCUGCCCACUCAGAUGCAGCUCUACAAGCGCUUCUUUAACAAAUCAGCCGAAAGCCUAUAUAAUAUUAGGCGUAACUUCUCCCUGAUGCUGAUUAAUCAGCAUUUCAGCCUGGGACGCGCCAGAUCCAAUGUUCCCAAUGUCAUCGAGGUGGCGGGCAUGCACUUAGAAAAUCCGAGCGACCAGCUGGAUGACGAUCUGCAGCGCUUUGUGGACGAGGCCGAUCAUGGUGUCAUUAUCUUCUCAAUGGGUAUGGAAAUCACUGGAAAGUGGCUGCCACCGGACUGGCUUCUAAUUAUGCAGGAAAUCUUUGCCCAGCUACCACAGCGCGUCGUUUGGAAAUAUGAACAGGCGCCGCCCAACAAAUCGGAGAAUAUUUACAUAAGCCCUAUGCUGCCACAGCGCGCAUUAUUGGCCCAUCCCAAGGUCAAGCUUUUUAUCACCCAUGGGGGUGCCCUGAGCAUAAUUGAGGGAGCUUAUUAUGGUGUUCCCAUGCUCUGCUUCCCGAUGUACUACGAUCACUUUGGUAACGCAGAACGCAUGAAACAUGCCGGCCUAGCUCAAAUUCAGGGCAUUCUCACGAUAACUGUUGAAUCCACCAGGAACGCCAUCAAGGAGCUAAUCAAAAACCCUGUUUAUGCUCAAAAUGCUCAGCAGAUGUCCAAGCGGCUACGGGACCAGCCCAUGAGUCCCCUGGACACGGCAGUCUGGUGGACAGAGUAUGUGUUGCGUCACAAGGGCGCACCACAUAUGCGGAUCUCGGAAGAGGACAUGUCCUUCGUGCAGUACUAUAGUCUGGACUUCAUAUUGGUGUUCUUUGUCCGCUUCGGAGUGGCCAUAUUGAUAAUAACCUGCGUGGGUCUUAAGUUGCUCAGUUUCUUGUUGAAGCCCUCUCACAUACUCUCCUCUGCGCCGCUCCUUAACUAAAGUCUACUACCAAAAAAAAAAAUAAAAAAAA